AAAAUUAAAUAUGGAAAGAUUCAAAGAGUAAAUGAUUUUAUCUUGACAAGGUUAACUGUUCAAAAUAACACAUUGUUUAUGUCGAACUUGAUUUAAAAGCGGAUGGUUAAUAAUGAGUCCACAGGCUUGUAGUAUUUUACGUAGAGCAAGUUUACACAGUAAUUUUGAGUUUACAUCAACUUUGAAGCUUGCAAGCUACACCGAAGACCGAGUAGUUUUUAACACAGAACCUAUUGAAAUGGCAAUCAAAACAGAGUGAGCCUCUAAGAAUGUCAGCCAACUACCAAUCCCCAGGGCAUAUGACCAACUCCCCUAGGGACCACAUGAACAUGGCUGGAUAUCAACACUCCCCGGUGGGGACCCAUUCUCCGCUGACCCCAAAUUAUCAGUCUCCAGGCCCAGUUCCCAACUCCCCCCUCACCCCCAGCUACCAGUCCCAGCAACAGCAGAGUCACAGUGUGCCUAACUCCCCGCGAGAUCCCAUGGAUAAUAAUAAUCACAUGUCCAAGGCGACUGCAGGCGGGGGAUAUCAUGGGAUUCUAAUGCCUCCGCCCCUGGGGAGGCGGAGAAUGCACAGCAAUCAAGGCUACAUAGGGAACAACAAUGUGAAUAAUGUGAAUGCCAGGAACUACCACCACCAGGCCUCGCCAUCACCAGUGUAUACUCACAGUGGUUCCCCACAUCCGCAGUCUCAGAAUGUGUUCCAGUACCCAGAUCCACCGUACAACAUGCGUGGAAAUAACUUUCAGAAUGACACCAUGCAGAAUUAUGGCCAGCAGAUGAACGACCCAAACAUGUCGCCCCACAUGUUGCAAGAUGGGAACCAGUUUCAGUUCCAAGCUCCUAUUGGGCAGCAAUGCAUGAACGAUCCCAACCCUUCUCCACACGGUCCCCACACCCCUCAUACCCCUCACACACCGGGGGGUCACGCCUCUGCCCCCCACACACCGCAUACACCUCAUACUCCAAUCAACAGAAUGCCUGUUGUCCAGCAACAGGGCAUGAAUGACCCCAACAUGUCACCCCACCCUACAAUGUCCCCACAUCACACCAUGGCAAAGGACACGACACAUUUCCAGUUUCCAGUUGUACGACAACAAAUGAAUGACCCUAAUAAAUCCCCCCACAUGAUCAAUCAGAUGAACAUGAGGCAGGUGAUGAACGAUCCCAACAAGUCGCCUCAUGUGAUGGUCAAGCAAGCCGAAGCAUUUACCUUUCCUCCUUUGUCUGUGUCACAGUCAAUGAAUGACCCCAACUCCUCGCCUCACCCUAUGAACACACACAUCGCUGCCUUCAACAAACAAUUAAUGGCUACAAACUUUGCCCACUGCAAUGACCAGCGUGGGACAGAGCCAAGGUCACCAUUUGACCACCGCCCCGAUUUGCCAGUGAAUAGUUUGAAUGUAGCAGGAAUACAAACAUCUAUGACUGAUGACAAGGGAAUGGGCCCGUUAAGUGUGGGCGUACCUGUGACAUAUACAGAUACUGGUCAGCCUAGCCCUGCCUCCUCAGCCACCAGCAUGACCACUCAGGGGCUGAGGUUCCAGUCGUCAGGUAACGCUGGGGACGCCAUGCUCAGUGCCAUCAACUACAAUGACAGUGAUCUGCUGCAAGACAGCCAUUUUGAUGUUGCCAACAAUCUCAACAACAUCAGUGACAAUUUGCUGAGCAAUAUGAACAGUAGCAGUAACAUGAGCCUCGGGGAUGGAGGGCCUCCAACAUUUGAUCUAUUUGAAGGAGACGGCCACGUCAGUGAGCCUUAUAACCCACAGGAGCUUCAGCUGCCAGGAGACGCCUUUGGGGACAGCUCCUCUGGUUUCAGCAUGUCUGACAGCAUGGAUGCUGAUAAUCCAGGUAACCAUGGCAACCCAAAGCAGCAUAACCCCCUCAAUGCUCACAACCCCCACCCUGGAGAACAAGGCAGUAAUGGGGGUGGAGACCCGCAGCUGGUCCCAGAGAAGCCCAGAGGAAAAGGACGCCCCUCCAAGUCUGGGGGGUCCCCGGGGAGAGGGGGCGUGCACUGCCAGGUGUGUCAAAAGGCAUUCAACAACUCCAGUGCACUGGCUAAACACAAGCUAACUCACAGUGAUGAGAGGAAAUAUGUCUGCCCUAUCUGUUCCAAGGCCUUCAAGCGGCAGGACCACUUGAAUGGUCAUAUGAUGACACACAGGAGCAAGAAGCCUUAUGAAUGCAAAUUUGAAGGAUGUGAUAAAAGUUAUUGCGACGCCCGUUCUUUGCGAAGGCAUCUGGAAAAUCACCAUCAAGCGUCUCAAGACAUGAUCACAACCUCGACUGUGACUGCCAUGACGGUUAUUCCCCCUGUUGCCGAGCAGUCUGGACAGUUUCCUUCGGGCAGAACUGGAAACACGCAGGGAGGACAGUUUUUCCAGUUUGAACAGUCACAAGAAAAUAGUGGCUCCCAGUGGCAGCAGAAUUUGAAUGUGAAUCGUUGGCAGCGGCCGGGGGACAGAUCCCCAGGGUAUCUACAGCAGGUUAGCCCUAUCAGCCCAGCCCCAGGUCAGGGCGGGGUGCCUACCAGCCCACUGCAGAGACAGGCAGCUGGUGUGUGGGGCUUUCCUAAUCCACUGAAUGAGCCCAAGCCAGUGGAAUGCAGCAUGUGCCAUAGGCGUUUUAAGAACAUCCCAGCACUAAACGGCCACAUGCGGCUCCAUGGAGGAUAUUUUAAGAAAGUUAGCGACUUGGAGAAAGAUGAAUCAAAGAAAGAUAAAGAAGAGGGUAAUAGCGAGUCCCAGCCUCCGGAGCUGACCCCACAGCCCCCGGCCAGUUCAUCUGGUGCUGACAGUAAUAGCAGCAACGCCAGUCUCACUGAAGCAAGGAACAUGUCCCUAGCUCAACACUUACAGCAGCCAAUACAACAACAGCAACAACAACAACAACAUCAGCCAAUACAGCAGCAGCAACAACAUCAACAGUUACAGCAACCGAUGGGACCUCCCAAAUUGGAACCUGCUAUUUCUGUCAAAUUAGAAUCGAGUUUAGCAGUCAGUUCAAAUCAGGGACAGCCGACAAAUUUUGUGUCGACGAGCCACAUGACAGCUGGGCAGUUAUCGGUGAAAAAAGUCAAUGUUAUGCCCCCUCCAAGCUCAGUUCAUUUACCACUAUCUGGGGGUUUCAGUAUGUCUCAAUCCCAAAGUUUAAACAGUGAUGAAGGGUUAUUGUCGAGUUUUGCUGGUGUAGCAGUUGGUAGAGAGUUAGGUAUGGAACAAACAGGAGUUGGAGUAAAGCCGUCCAGUGCUAAUACAAGGAUUCCUUCAGCGUUUACUUUCACUGAUGCUGACAGUGUUAAAACAAAGCAAAAGCUUUUACAGGCCUUACAAGAACCCUCAUUUCGCCCUAUUCAGCAGGAAAAUUUGUUACGGCCAAUGCAGGAAGUGAAUGAGAGAAAAAGACACGCAAGUGCUGACCCAGACAAAUUUACUUCCCCGACCAGGAAAAAUUCCUUAACGUCUCCAGGCAGCUUAGCCUAUAUGUUAACAAAUUUUCAAAAAACUGGCAGCACUGUAAAAUGUGAACUUGAAAAGAGAAGAUCUCAGGAAUUUUUUGAUCAGGACGAAAUGUUUGUGCGUCCUGAGCCCGUGCGAUCUCGGAGUCGCCCGGACGAGCACAGUAUAGGGCGACCACGGAGUAGGACGGAUGAUCCAUUCCAUGCUAGAAAAGGGAUUGAAGAGGGAAUGGGGGUUUUCAGGAACCCAGGUGCCAUGCACGGCAGUCAGAUCAAGGCAAAAAGAAAACACAGGCCCGAGCCUCUUGUGAUUCCGCAAAACAUGAGCCAUUUUGGCUUUCAGAGUAGGCUGCGGUCGCCUAGAAUUUGGGAACCCAGUGGGGCGGAGAAAAAAACGGGGCAUACUCCACCCCCGUACACCCCACCACCAAUGCUUAGUCCUGUGAGGAGCGGGUCAGGAUUGUUCUGGAGCAUACAGCCACACCCACUUAGGCCUGUUACACCAAAGUCUGCACCUGUAACGCCAAAGAUCAGAAGAGGGAGUUUUGGAUUGAGUCACAGUGUAGGUGGCGUGACCAGCUGGUCCGGUCUCAUUCAAACAAAAGAGCCCAUUAAAGAGGAAGAAGAUGAGGAAGAAGAGGAAGAAGAAGAGGGCACAGAGGUUGAGGAAGAAACACAAAUUGAGCCACCACCAGAAACUGACAUACAACCACAUGUAAAUAUAGGACCUCAGUACCAAGCUGAUGUUCCUUCUUGCUUAGAAAGCCGCAAUAGAAUUUAUUUUGACGACCGAGUGAGGGAAGACCUGGUGUGGGACCCAGCAAUUAUAGAUCAUACUACUGAAGAUGAAGUUCAGUCAUAUCAAGAGUUUGCUAGCUGUGCUGCAGUGCCUGGGAAUGGAGUCAACAUGGAAUAUGCCUUACACUUAUUACACAUUGUGAAGGGAGACGUACAGAAAGCAAUUUUGGAACUUAUGAAGGCAACACCAAAGCUACCUAAUAGACAUCCACUUGUGACCUUUUCAUAUCAAGAAUCUGACACUUGGAGCUCAGAGGAAAUAGAAGCAUUCAUAGAAGGGAUGCUGAAAUUUGACAAAGAUUUUUUCAAUGUUUCCAAAGAGGUGAAAACCAAAACUACCAAACAGUGCAUACAGUUCUACUAUCUGUGGAAGAAAGUUUGUCUAGACGAAUACAAACGUAUGCGGAUAUUGCGUAGAAAACGCACUGACGAUGACAUUUACAACUUGCGCUCAAGAGCGGCUCAGCAGGAUGACUUGGAACAUCAGCAGCAGACGCAGGCAGACAGUGAUGAUUCUGACGACGAUUCGUCUGCUACUGGAAAUGUAGAGGAACCGAAUGAAAAGGAACCAGAUGCCUCCAAUGGUGUCCAAAUAGUUUACACUUGUGCCUACCCAAAUUGUAAUGCAUCAUUUCCAUCAAAACAAGCACUUAGUGGCCAUAUAAGAAUCCAUGUGAACAGUAGUGAAGGGAACACAAGAAAGUCUGCAGAACCCAGUCCUCAUCGAAGUCCUCACAGAAAGGAGGGGACAGGUCCCCCAUCUAACAAAUCAACAGUAUCAGAGGGAGUAGAGGAGUUUCCAUGCAAGAUUUGUGGAAAAGUAUUUUACAAAGUGAAAAGUCGGAGUGCUCAUAUGAAGAGUCACAGUGACAAAGAAAGAAAUCGUAAAAAUGCCCUUGCAGCACAGAAUAAUAGUCCAUAUUCACCAUACUCCGAUACCUAAGGAUUUGGAACUCCUACUGCAAUGUUUGUCUUAAAGACUGUUGCAUGGAAUUUUAUAAAACACAUUUUUUUACAGAUUAAUUCAACUUUGUCAAUAGCAAGGCUGAAACUAUAAGUGUUGACCUAAGUAUUUUGAUAUUUUGGCAUGUUGGAAUUGCCAUGCCUUGUCUCUGCAUUAUUUAUCAAAAAUAAUGCCCCUACUGAUAAUCUGACUGGUGGAUAUAAAAUAUAAUAGAAAUUAUUGUUUUAACAGUGCCAAAGACACUGAGUGUUUGCCGACAGCACUGGGUUAUAAUAAAAAUGUUGUAUAAAUGUGUAUAAUUUUAAGUAUCUUAUUUUCUGAGCUGAAAAAAAAGCAUGAUGAGAAUUUACUAUAAAAAAUUUUAUAUGUUUAUAGCAUCUAUUUAACUUAGUAAGAGCAGUGUUUCAUAAUUCAUUCCCCUUUUGUCACAUUUUUCAUUUGCCUUAGAUUGCCUUUUUACUGCAGGAAUAGAGAAGCAACAUGAUAUUCCAUGCUACUCCUAGAAGUUUGAUUGUUACUGAUUUUUUUUUUUUUUUUUGUCUGGCUAAAGAAAAGCCAAAAAUUUAGGGGUUUAUCCCCCCCAAUAUAUGCCUGUAGUAUGAAAGUAAGUUAUUUGCUUUGAAUGAAACACACUAGGUAAACUGACCUCAGUAGUUAUAUCAGUCAGUACAAUGUUAAUCAAAGAUGAGGCUAAAUAUGUGCAAUCAGUGAAUACCAUAAUACUGGCUUCGUUUGGGAAUUUUUAUAUCAUCAUGUUUUUUUAGUGAAAUAUUUGUAAAAAUCUAAUACUAAGCUAAGUAUAUUUUAAGUGUGCAGCGGUUGUAUUUAAGGGUGCCAACUUGUACAGGUAACCCCAAAGUUACAAUAGAGAGGAUCAUGCUUCAUGUUUGUACUAUAUACAACUUCACUAAGCUUUACUGCACACCAUGGAGAAGAGAAAACAAACAUAUUAAAGAAGUAAAAGAAAUAUAUUCCCAUUUACAAAAGAAGUGUCAAAUUAAUUCACCUAUUUUUGUAUCUGUAUGUCUAUGGUGUUCUUUGUCUCCAGAUAUUGCAGGUAUUGUGAUAACAUUGUGCUUUGUGAUAGAUGUAUAUAGAUAGAAAUAUAUAUAUAUAUAUAAUGCACACAGCAGAAGAGGAAGGCAAUCAGUGAUUGAGAUUGUUGUCAUACUUGGACAUUGUUAUGGAAUUUUACAUGCAGAGCUUUACUAAUGACCUAAUUAAAGAAAAGAUGGAUGUACGUUAGUGACAGUGGAGAAAUGUUUUAAAGUUAAAAUUGGAUAUAGGUUAAGCACAUAAUGCAUAAUAAUGUAUUUGCUGCUUUUAGAUAUGUCUUAUAACAAUUUUUUUUGUAAAACUGCCAUUUUGCAUUUGAUAUAUAGUGUUACUGAUUAUACGUAUGGAAAAGAGAUUCUUACAUGUAGAGUCAUGUAUAAUGAAAUGAGCAUUCUAUUGUUAAGGUUUUAGUGUACUUGUUGUGGAUACUCUUGGUAUUGCAACAUUAUCAAAUUUGCAAUAUUUUCCUUAUUUUUUUGUGGAGAAAAAAUUAUAUAUUACUCAAACCAAUUAAAAGUUUAAUUUUAUGAACUUCAGUUUUAGUAUGUGGUUGAUCACACAUAAACAUUUGCUAAAUAGUCAUUUUGCCCAAAGACUGAAUACAUUCCAAAUAUGAGCACCUACAAAAUACUGCAAGUACAUCUGCAUGUUCUUCAGUGUCUGUGAGGGCUAUGCACUCAUGCAACGAGAAGUUUGCAAUCCAGCAAUUUCGGUCUUGACGCUGGGUGCUUGAUCUUUUGCAUCAUUGACAUUUGAGCUUGAUUUAAAAGUCAAAAACUUUCCAAGUGCAAUAGACUUGUGGAACUGUUCUACAAUUUCCAAGUGCAGUAUGCUAUUCCACCACUCUUCAGUGG